CCUCCUUCUCCUCCUCCAUCUCCUCCUUCUCCUCCAUCUCCUCCUCCUCCUCCAUCUCCUCCUCCUCCUCCAUCUCCUCCAUCUCCUCCUCCAUCUCCUCCUCCUCCUCCAUCUCCUCCUCCUCCAUCUCCUCCUCCUCCUCCUCCAUCUCCUCCUCCUCCUCCUCCAUCUCCUCCUCCAUCUCCUCCUUCUCCUCCUCCAUCUCCUCCUUCUCCUCCAUCUCCUCCUCCUCCUCCAUCUCCUCCUCCUCCUCCAUCUCCUCCUCCUCGUCCAUCUCCUCCUCCUCCUCCAUCUCCUCCUCCUCCAUCUCCUCCUCCAUCUCCUCCUCCUCCUCCAUCUCCUCCUCCAUCUCCUCCUCCUCCAUCUCCUCCUCCUCCAUCUCCUCCUCCAUCUCCUCCUCCUCCUCCAUCUCCUCCUCCUCCUCCUCCAUCUCCUCCUCCAUCUCCUCCUCCUCCAUCUCCUCCUCCUCCUCCUCCAUCUCCUCCUCCAUCUCUUCCUCCAUCUCCUCCUCCUCCAUCUCCUCCUCCUCCUCCAUCUCCUCCUCCAUCUCCUCCUCCUCCUCCAUCUCCUCCUCCAUCUCCUCCUCCUCCAUCUCCUCCUCCUCCAUCUCUUCCUCCUCCUCCAUCUCCUCCUCCAUCUCCACCUCCUCCAUCUCCUCCUCCUCCAUCCCCUCCUCCUUCUCUUCCUCCUCCAUCUCCUCCUCCUCCAUCUCUUCCUCCUCCUCCAUCUCCUCCUCCAUCUCCACCUCCUCCAUCUCCUCCUCCAUCUCCUCCUCCAUCUCCUCCUCCUCCAUCUCCUCCUCCUCCUCCAUCUCCUCCUCCAUCUCCUCCUCCUCCUCCAUCUCCUCCUCCAUCUCCUCCUCCUCCAUCUCCUCCUCCUCCACCUCCUCCAUCUCCUCCUCCUCCUCCAUCUCCUCCUCCUCCAUCUCCUCCUCCUCCUCCAUCUCCUCCUCCUCCAUCUCCUCCUCCUCCUCCAUCUCCUCCUCCUCCUCCAUCUCCUCCUCCAUCUCCUCCUCCUCCAUCUCCUCCUCCUCUUCCAUCUCCUCCUCCUCCAUCUCCUCCUCCUCCUCCA